UCCUCCCUCCCCUCGGCCGCGCUGCUCGGAGCUGAGUGAGGUCCGGUCAGUCCGACACUUCUCCUUCCGCGGAAUCGGGACCGUAUGGACCAGAACACCGCGCUGCCAGGCCGCAACCAUCCCCGGACUGUCCAUGGGCGGCACAUGGGCUCCAGGAUGUGAGCACGUCCUGAAAAGAUUGACUUGGAGACCCUGUGUCCUUUGCUAGAAUGUUUCUUAUGAAUGCACUUCCUCUCGUUGCUUUUAAAACAACAUGGGUGCCAUUUGGACAGACCGCAACUUGUAGAUUACCCGUGUGUUUCUCAGAGUCAGAAGAAGAUAAUUCUGGGACUUCAAUAACUGCACAGGUUCAGAGCAUUAUUAACAACCUCCAAAGCGAUGAAUCUUCUCUUGAUGUGACCGGUGACUAUGAGUGUAUUAUGCAGAAGAAUAGGAAGGGGGAGAUUCACAUUGACAGAGGACUGACCAGCAAUACUUCUGUGUUUAAAGGACAUGCAAGAGAGAGUGCCACUCUUGUUGUCCCCGCUCAGUUCAAAGAUAACAAAGAAGAAAAUUCUGGAUGUGGACCACUCAUUCUUGAAUCUGAUAGCGAUGAUUCUGUUGACAGAGGCAUUGAAGAAGCUAUUCAGGAGUACUUGAAAAAUAAAGGGACAGUCGAUGAUCCCUCUAACACAGAGAAUGCUAAAAAACCUGUUACUACUGAAAAAGAACGAGAUUUGCUAACAGUAAGCCAAAAAAAUGUCUUGUCUCACACAUGUCCUGAUAAAAUGGAAACUACAAAUGCGAAUUUUGAUGGUUUCAAGCAACAUGAUAGACCAAGAAGUGCUUCGCCCGAUAGUGUAAGCAGCGAUGAUUCUUUUGAACAAAGCAUCAAACAGGAAAUCGAGCAAUUCCUGCAAGACAAAAAGCAGCAGAACAUUGCAAAUGAGACUGGUGCUGGUAAUAAAUCAGUUCAGAAUACCACAAGCAUCAAACCAAAGUCAAAAUCGAGUAAGGUCUCUGACAAACCAAGUACCAAACUGGGAAGCAGGGAGCCAGCUGGUAACCCGAUUACUGAAUGUGUUGGUACACAGCUGAAAUCCUUUAAAGUGAACACUGAUGGUUCAAAGAAUACAUGUAACCGAACUCAAUCUAAGGCCAAUGUAUCAAGGCACAACAAAAACCUGAAAACGCAGGCUAAGGAAUCUGUUCAAAGUAUAAAUAAAGAACUAUCAGAUUCAAGCAGUGAUGAUGGCAUUGAAGAGGCAAUCCAACUCUACCAGCUCGAAAAGAGCAGGCAAGAAAAUAAUCUGAAAGUACCUUUAAUUGUCUCUCCAGAAAGGGUAAAAACUAAACCCCAGUUGAAUUUAAACUGCAGUGCUGCAGACAAGAUAAAUGUCCCUGAUGACUCUAGAAAGACAGAAAAUAGAAAAAGAAAAAUGCCAGUCGUUAAACCCACUGCAUCUCAAGAUAUCUCAAGCUACCAGUCCGGUAUUAGUAAAAAAACAUUUUCUGUCAGUGAUGAGAGAAAUCCUAUAUGUGCAACUGGUAGCCAAGCAACAUGUCGGGCAGAAACAUCUGCCGAACUAAUGUGUGCAGAAGCAAUACUUGACAUUUCAAAAGCAAUUUUGCCUUCACAACCAGAAAGUAAUUUUACAGCAAAUUCAACCUCUCAACGGGAGAGUGACAGUGCAGUGGACAGCGAUGACAGCAUCGAACAGGAAAUUAGAACAUUUUUGGCCCGGAAGGCUGAAGAGGAAGGUUCCAACACAUCUUCUGUGAAGCAUGAGUUGGCUGUGACACUAAGUAAGCCUGAACAUGAAACCCAGCCAUCUGUUUCCAAAACAAAGCUUUCUUUGACAAACAAAAGAAAAAUGCAUGAGAACAAGUGCACACAACAAGAGCAAAUGCUAAACAUAUCAGAAAAGAUAACUUCAACAUCAAACUUUCAUAGUCGGACAGAAUUAGGGAAAUUCUUACAUUCAUCAGAUACUGUAGAGAACAGCUGUAUGAGAACAGGGACUUAUGUGGUUGGAAGAGCUAAGCCGCCAUGCCCAUCAGAACCUGGCAUAGCUAGUGGACAUCAUAACUUGGAUUUUAAAAAUGUUGAAUCGUUUUCAGGAUUUCGGAGAAGUCCUGGGAAAAUAAACCUGGAAGAGAGGGAUAACUACAGUGGGGAUGAAAGCAGCUCGUUGGACAGUGAUGAAGAUCUUGACACUGCUAUAAAAGAUCUCUUGAAGUCAAAGAAGAAAUGCAAAAAAAGGAUGAAGGAAUCGAGGUCUCCAUGUAAAAAAAAAGUACGGUUUGGUGAGUCUCCAUGCAAGCUGGCUAACACACUUGACUCCGAUCAAAGAGAUGACUGCAGUGCAAAACUUUCUGUUAAUAAAAGCUGCUUUCUAAGUUCUAACUCUACAAAGGACCAUACCCUACGGAAGAUAAAGAGCAAUUUAAAAGUUAAAGAAGAUAAGAAAGAGAAAGUGGCUAACUCUGGGACCAAUUUACUAACAUCGACAGUUGUUGGCAACAAUAGUGAACAUAAACUUACUUGUGCCUCUGUCAAAACCGAGACAGAAGCUAAACAGUGUGCCUUGUCACAGGCUCAGGACAGUAGUUCUGUGGACAGCGAUGAUAGCAUUGAGCAGGAAAUAAGAAAAUUCCUUGCAGAAAGGGCCCGUGAGUCUGCAGAACUUAUAGCCUCACAAAAAGGGUCUUGUAUAUCCAAUCCAGUUUUAAAUGACGUAAAGGGAACUCCAACUGUUAAACAAGAAGUUCCAUCUAGUGCCGUGACUGAGGCUUGUCUCGAACCAACUGCAAAUUACCCCAGCAUUGUGACAGCCAAUCCGCAGCCUGCAGUGGCACACAGAUUAUCUGACUGUAAACAAAGCAUAUCCCCUGUAGGACAACUGCACCAUCGCCCUGCUGAUGUUGCUAUGGGAUCCAGCCCAAUGCCCAGGAAAGAUUGUUUAAGAGUCAAGCAAGAAUGUUGUGCAGCUCAGGAUAAUGUAAUCACACAGAGUGACAACCAUCUACAAACGCCUCCUGGCAGAGUGGUAAUCAAAACGGAAAUUAAUGGCUCCCAAGGGAAAUCUCACCUGCCAGUUUCAGGAAACUUUGUAGCUGGUCUUAAAUACAUUUCUGGAAACGAUAAACAACUUGUUUUAAAUGUAGGGAAUACUGGCCCAACCAAACUGACAAGCAAUUUUUACAAACCAGGACAACAUAUUGCAAAGCAAACGAGCUGUCAGGCUAUCCCAAAAAAAGGUCUUUUGUUAGAAAAAGCUAAAGUUGUACAGGCCUCUGUUUCCCCUAAAUCUCCCUUAGUACGCCCCAGUUUGUAUUUGCUCACUACUCAGGUGUGCAAAGAAAACUCUGCUUUAUGCCUCCCCAUUAACACAUCGCAAUAUGAAACUGGUGUUAAUUUAAUGAGCUUGCAGUACUGUCAUGGCCAGGUGGCUACACAUUUAUCACCUGCCGCUGGCGAGCUGUGUGUUCAGCAACCCAAAAGUGGAGAAAUCGGGAAGCAGACCACACACAAGGCAGGUGAGGUUCUGACCUUAGAUCCCCAGGCUCCAGUGACCGAAAGCAGGCCUAGUCAUGCCAAUGAGGCAGCUUUAGAAGCAAGCUCUGGUAGACAUGUGGAGGAAGGCAAAGAAAGGCUUUCCAGUUUGUAAGUACCUUUUUUUGACACUUCACCUUUCUAGCUGUACAGUACUGGUGUAAAUACAUUGAAGGAUAAAGCAGGAAUUAACGAGGCAUUAGUGGUAACAAAAAUUAGGAUUUAAUAUGCUUUAAUUGCAUAGGUAAUUAUCAAAGCCCUUUUUUAUGAGGGUACACUUAAUGCAGUCUUUUUUUAUUAUUUUUUCUUCUUCAAAACAAUGUAGUCAUUGUACUGUUUCUACUGUGUGGAAUCUGGACAUCCCCUACAAUGUUUUAGAAGCAUUAUGUAGGUUUUAUUUACUGCUUUUUUAAAGCACACAUAAUUCACUAAUGUAGACGUUGCAUACCCCUGUGAUAUACACAAGGGUAUGCUUCAGGUUCUGAGCUUUAAGCAUCCAUUUUUGAGUAUAGUUUUUCACUAUAUGCACACGUACCAACAGACCGAGUUUGAUGUAUGUCCAUAUCGUACACAAUUCGAGUGCUUCAACAAGUUCUCAUGUCUUAUGGCUCACUAACUCCCUUUGCAUUAUGUUAAUACUCCCUAGUUUUCUUGAGCAACGCUACUGUAAUGGGUAGUUUGGGUCUUGAGUUACAAUAUGUACAGUCCGCUGAUACUAAUCACAUAUACAUUGUCGCAAGACGCAUGCUUCGAUAACCUGUCAAGCUGCCAUGGUUUGAAAAUUCACAAUAGAGGCAACAUUCCAAAACCGUACUUUAUACAUAGGGGGGAGGUGGUAGCAUAAAAUGAUAUGCUAUGUACAUAUUAAUUUUGUUCUCCAACCCGAGCCCCAUUGCACUUGAAGGAUAUAUUUUGCACUGGUUUUAUCUUUUUAAAAUGUUGCAUUACACGUUUUAUGUGUGUUUAUAUGGAAUACGUUAAUCUAGGACUCUGUGGGGCUGAGGUUCAGAGAGCUGCAUUAUAUGAGUUUAAUAUUUCAAGCUAUUUGGCUAGGUUUUCCACCUGCUGAUAAAUCCAGAGUGUGUGCAUAUGGAUGUACACUCACCUGGAAUGAUGUCCCUUGAUAAAGUCAGAUGUGUUGCUAUGCAAGGAUUGGGGGGGGGGGGGGGGGGUAAUCCUUGCAUCCAUCAAAUGUUGAGGAAAUUGAAAAUGAGAAUCAUCAUACCUUGCUGGCAAAUGUCCUUUUACUCAUCAAAGACAAGUGAACUAAAGAUUUCCCUGUCCUGUACAUGCAUAUAAAUAUAUACAAAUUCUACUGCUAACACCUAUGUUGUAAGAGUUUAUUUUAUCUAAAUAUAUAUAUAUGUAUGUAUGACUCUAUGUUGGCUCCUGUACAGGAAACAAUGUUAUCAAAACCUUGAAUGCAAACCCUGUUACGGUCACAUACAUAUAGUGCAAUACAUCUAAAACAGGUGUUUCCAAAAGGUAGUUCCCCAGAUGUUUUAAAACUACAGCUUCCAUAAAUCCCCUGUCAUUCUAAAGGCGCGCAAAGCAUCGUGGGAGUUGUAGUUCUACAAUAUCCGGGGAUCUACCUUUUGGGCACCCCUGAUUUAAAACCUGAAAUACAUAAAAAAAAAAAACGUAGCUGUCAGCUGUAUGCUGCAUUGCAAUUCUAUUUCUGCAUAUUACAUCUUGGCUACUUUCUGCUUUCUAAUCUAAUAACAAUAUAUCAAUCUUUUCUAAUCGUACAUAAUCUGUGGAAAUCACACUUAAAAUAUUAAUAGGCAGCGAUGUCUUAAUAUAAAUGGCCUUCACUUGAAAUUGCACAAGAAGACACAUUCAGAUAUGUAAAAUCAUGAGAUUCUCUUAUUUUAGCUCUGUCCUUUAGAAAACCGUGACUAUUGAAUAAUGCAAGAAAUGAUGUAAAACAUUCUCUCUGUUCUAUUUCUAUUAUCAAGUAAAAUAAAU